GGAAGGAGCUGCGAGGUUGAAGUCUCAGGCAGACUUGCUGUUUAUGGCAUGGAAAGGUUUCCAGGGAGCUCUGGGUCACCUCCACACAUCUGGGAGCCAUUUCCUCCCCAAAGGACCCACUUCUUGUGGGCAGCUCCAGAGGAGGGGGAGAGCUUCUGCAUAACAUGGAGGUGGGAUCAUUGAAAAGUUGUGUCAAGUGAGUGGUAAAAAUGAAUGACAUAGAUGAUGACAGUGAAAUAUCCUUCUCAGUUAAAUUUUUGGGUCGUGUUGAGGUGGCCUGUCCAGGUGGGAUGCAGAUUCUCACAGAUGCAGUAGAAACCCUGCAGGAUCCCAAUAACGAGAUGGAUGUGAACGUGAAGAACAAUAAGAAUAAAGUACAUUUGUUUCUGACCAGGAGUGCCAUUGACAUCCUAGAACAUAAAACAAAGUUCAUGCUGUACACCUGCGCUCUGUCCUCCAUUUCAUUCAGUGCAGUUCACCCGACACAGCCCAAAAUCCUUGGCUUUGUGUCCAAACACCCUGCGGCAGACAUGUUUCACUGCUACAUCUUCCAGAGCAAGAAGUUUUCUCAUCUGCUGGUGUCCAUCAUAGGUGACGCUUUUCAGGCUUGUAAACAAAAUGAAAGUCUGGGAGGUGAUCGUGACCUGGUGGUGGAAGCCCUGAGACACAAGAAUAAGAUACUGCAGCGAGAAAACACGGAGCUGAAGAGGAGACUUCAAGCUCAUGGAGAAAACAUUGAUGGAGUCCACGUUUAUGAAAACGAGUCCGAUGUUGAUAAGGUUUCAUCUAAUUCAGGACAGCCCACAUCACAUGUGAGAUUCUUCUCAGAUGAUGAUCAGGUUCCUUUGCAGAGGAAUUUCUGAUUAGAAACAGAUAAACUCAUGCUCCAUCAAGAUGAAUGCUCAAAAAACGACCAUGGCUCCUGAAACACCACCAACAUCCCCAGCAGAUGUGACAUUACAAACCUUCAAACACUUCAUGUCACUUAAAAGAUUUCAGAUUCUCAUAAUCCUGGAUUGUUUCUUGGGA